AGAAUUAGAGAAAGCUAGACUCUGCUGUUAUAGAUUGACAGAGAUAUGUCAGGAAGCGAUCAACCCAGAACAGUGAAGUUAUUGUGCCCGUCACUGUCGAAGAUAGUGGCAUUCUCGGCAUGGGAUGACCAGAAACUGGACUUGGGAUUGAUAGCCAGGGCCUUGGGGUUAGAACCAUCAACGUUGAAGCUCAAUGGUCACUUCAUCAGCAGAGGUGUUGAUCUUGUAUCCUCCUCUGUCACGUGGAGAUCGCUUCUAAAGUUCUUCUCUGCUAAGGGGUUGUCCACUGGUAAAGACGAUAAAGAUGCUGUUAUUGUCCAUGGCAAGCUCUGCAAAUCUGGGAGUAAGCGAACACACGAUCCUCAAGAUGCAGCGCCUGCUAGUAGAGUUAAUUACAGAACUGAAACAGAGGAAGUUAGUACAGGGCCACAGCCUGAACAUGUCAUUAACUUCCUCAUGAAUAAGAAGUUAAAGGAAAACAAUUCAGGAUGUCACCAAUUGUCCAAAUGCAAUGGUCUUGGUUUCAAGAGGAAACAAUUGUUGGAAGACGUCAAUUCAUUCAAGAAGUUAAAGAUAAAUGAAGCCAACUCAGGACUUGGAGAAAAGAGGAAAUAACUACCCCAGCAUCGUUUCAAGCAGCAAAUUGAAAUGCAGCUACAUGAGCGGCAAUGUGAAACGGAUGAGAGAAGAUGAGGUGAUCCUGGCUGCUCCUUGCAAAAGAAUCAGAUGAAAUUUCCAUUACUUACAGUUUCUUUGCUACCUUUUAUUGAAAAUGGGAAUUUUUCUUGAUAAACACACGUUGGUUUCCAGUUCAUCAGAUCCCAAAUUUGUAAAUGAUAAACAUUACAAGAGGAGGGAGCAAACUGAAUUUUGUAAAUCUUGUAUGCAAUUAUUAAAGAAACCACAUUGUGAUUGGCUUGUGAA